ACAAAGCUAAAACGAGUUUCCAUUAUUGCAAUUUCAGUGAGAGAAAGUUUUUUAGAGAGAGAAAAAGUAUCAAGCAACUAACCAACAACAAUGGUGGCGGAGAGCUGGAGUGCGACGGCGAAGCGGUGCGACUCGUGCAAAGCGACGGCGGCGACGGUGUUCUGCAAGGCAGACAUGGCGUUCCUGUGCUUAUCCUGCGACUCCAAAAUUCACGCGGCGAAUAAGCUCGCGUCGAGGCACGCGCGCGUGUGGGUAUGCGAGGUGUGCGAGCACGCGCCGGCGAGCGUCACGUGCAAGGCGGACGCCGCCGCACUCUGCGUCACUUGCGACCAGGACAUUCACUCGGCGAACCCUCUAGCUCGGCGCCACGACCGUUUCCCCAUAGUGCCAUUCUAUGAUUCCGCCUCCACCAAGUCUCGUGGUGCGGACGAAAUUAAUCCUCCGCCUCCCGAGACGGAGGAAGAGGCGGAGGCGGAGUCGUGGCUACUACAAGCGCCGAAUAAUAAUGCGCAAGGAAUUGAGUAUAAAUCAGCGGAAUAUUUGUUUAGCGAUGUGGAUCCGUAUGUGGAAAUGGAUAUGAUAACGGAUCAGAAACCGUGUACUGAUAUUCAACUUCAUGUUCAGGAGUAUAAGGAUGAUUGUGUUGUGCCUCAUGUACAGAACAAAAAUGAGAUCCAUUUGCAAGGUCCAGUUGUUAAUGGAUACCCGACAUAUGAAAUGGACUUCUCUGGAUCUAAACCUUUCAUGUACAACUUCAGUUCUCAAUCCAUUAGCCAAAGUGUCUCUUCAUCAUCUAUGGAAGUAGGAGUUGUGCCUGACCAUAACACAAUGGCAGAUGUAUCAAACACAUUUGUGAGAAACUCCUCCACUGAUGGCCUACCAAAUCCACUUUCAAACUUAGACAGAGAAGCAAGAGUGUUAAGGUACAGAGAGAAAAGGAAGAACAGAAAGUUCGAAAAGACGAUACGAUACGCAUCUAGAAAGGCCUAUGCUGAAACUCGACCUAGAAUCAAAGGCAGAUUUGCCAAACGUACGGAGAACGAAGUUGACUCCCUCAUUGCCUCCUCCGACGCUUCAUACGGCGUCGUUCCAUCGUUUUAGUAAUUAUGUAGUAGUAGUAAAUUGAUCUAGUGAAAAGAAAAUGAAACAAAAAAAAUGUGUUUUUUCAUGUUGUUUUGGGUUAAGGAGGAUCAUAAUUAUGUGUACAUAUUAAUUUUGUUGUGAUUUUAUGUUUGAAUGGUAGAAUUUCGCUUUCUGCCUUUUUUGUGUUUUGUAAGGUAAUGAGCUUUUCUUUUUUGGAAGAAAAUUA